AUGGCGAAGGCGACUGCCGGCGCCGCGGGGCUGCGGCUGCUGUUGCUGCUGCCGCUGCUCGGCGAAGCCCCUUUGGGUCUCUACUUCUCAAGAGACACCUACUGGGAGAAGCUGUAUGUGGAUCAGCCAGCUGGUACACCACUACUCUAUGUUCACACGCUUCAAGACUUACCCAGCGAAGUGCCCAGCUUCCGCCUGGGCCACUACCUAUACAACACCUACCGCUCACGGCUCCACGAGAAUGACUGGAUACGUAUCCAGGAGGACAUGGGGCUCCUCUACCUGAACCAGAGCCUGGACCAGAGCACCUGGGAGAAGCUCAGCUCUCGCAAUGGAGGGAUCCCUCUGCUUACCGUCCACCUACAGGUCUUCCUCUCACCGGCUUCCCUGCAUGAGGGCGAGUGUCAGUGGCCAAGCUGUGCCCGCGUGUACUUCUCCUUCAUCAACGCCUCUUUCCCGGCCUGUAAGUCCCUCAAACCCAGGGACCUUUGCUUCCCAGAGAAGAGCCUGUCCUUCCGCAUCCGGGAGAACAAGCCCCCGGGUACCUUCCACCAGUUCCGCCCGCUGCCUGUACAGUUCCUGUGCCCCAACAUCAGUGUGACCUACCAGCUUCAGGGAGGUGAGCGCCUGCCCUUCCGCUGUGCCCCAGACAGCCUGGAGGUGAGCACACGUUGGGCCCUGGACCGAGAGCAACGAGAGAAGUAUGAGCUGGUGGCUGUAUGCACAGUGCGGGAUGGCACCAGUGAGGAGGAAGUGAUGGUGCCCUUCCCAGUGACAGUGUAUGAUGAGGACGACUCACCACCCACCUUCGCUGGGGGACUCAACACUGUCAGCACCGUGGUGGAGUUCAAGCGGAAGGAGGGCACUGUGGUGGCUGCGUUGCAGGUCUUUGAUGCAGACGUGGUGCCAGCAUCUGGGGAGCUCCAAAGGCGGUACACCAGUACAUUGCUUCCAGGGGAUGCCUGGGCUCGCCAGACCUUCCGUGUGGAGCACACACCCAACGAGACCUUGAUUCCAAGCAACGGCAGCUUCGUACGGGCCACAGUACACGAAUAUAGGCUUGUGCUCAACCGGAGUCUCCCCAUCUUAGAGAGCUUCACCCUGCAGCUAACUGUGCUGGUGAACGAUUCAGACUUCCAGGGCCCAGGGGACAGCAUCCUGCUCCUCCACUUCAAUGUCUCUGUAGUGCCCGUCAGCCUGCAUUUCCCCAGCACCUACUCCUUCACAGUGAUCAGGAGGGCCCGCCGCUUUGCCCAGGUCGGGAAGGUCUGCGUGGAGCACUGCCCAGAGUUCAGCGGCAUCCUCAUCCAGUAUAAACUGCAGCCCUAUGGGACCAACUGCAGCACCUUGGGAGUAGCCAACUCACCAGAGGACACCACUGGGACCGUGUUUGUGAACAACCCAGAGGACCUGCGUCGGCCCGAAUGUGCUGAGUUCCAGUACACAGUGGUGGCUACCGACAGGCAGACCCGUAGGCAGGCCCAAGUCCAGCUGCUCCUCACGGUGGAGGGGACAUACAUGGCUGAGGCAACUGGCUGCCCCCAGUCCUGUGCAGUCAGUAAACGGCGCCCCGAGUGUGAGGAGUGCGGUGGCCUGGGCUCCUUGACGGGCAGGUGUGAGUGGAGACAGGGCGAUGGCAAAGGGAUCACCAGGAACUUCUCAACCUGCUCCCCCAGCACCAAGACCUGCCCUGACGGCCACUGUGAUGCUGUGGAAAGCAAGGAUCUACACAUCUGUCCCCAAGACUGCCUUCGGGGUGGCAGCAUCAUUGGUGGCCAUGAGCCGGGGGAGCGGCGAGGAAUUAAAGCCGGCUAUGGCAUCUGCAACUGUUUCCCUGAGGAGAAGAAAUGCUUUUGUGAGCCAGAAGACAGCCAGGAGGCGCUGUGUGACGAGCUCUGCCGCACGGUCAUCGCUGCGGCGGUCCUCUUCUCCUUCAUCAUCUCUGUGCUGCUGUCCUCCUUCUGUAUCCACCGCUACCACAAGAAUGCCCACAAGCCACCCAUCGCCUCGGCCGAGAUGACUUUCCGCCGCCCUGCCCAGGCCUUCCCAGUCAGCUACUCCUCGUCUGGCACCCGCCGACCCUCACUGGACUCCAUGGAGAACCAGGUCUCGGUGGACACCUUCAAGAUCCCGGAGGACCCGAAGUGGGAAUUUCCUCGUAAGAACUUAGUCCUUGGAAAAACUCUGGGAGAAGGUGAAUUUGGAAAAGUAGUCAAAGCAACAGCCUUCCGACUCAAAGGCAAAGCAGGCUACACGACUGUGGCUGUGAAGAUGCUGAAAGAGAAUGCCUCCCCAAGCGAACUGCGGGACCUACUAUCAGAGUUCAACCUCCUGAAGCAGGUCAACCACCCCCAUGUCAUCAAGCUGCAUGGGGCCUGCAGCCAGGAUGGGCCACUCUUCCUCAUCGUGGAAUACGCCAAGUAUGGCUCGUUGCGAGGCUUCCUCCGGGAGAGCCGUAAGGUGGGGCCCAGUUAUGUGAGCAGUGGCAGCAGCCGGAACUCCAGCUACCUAGACAACCCAGAUGAGAGGGCCCUGACCAUGGGCGACCUCAUCUCCUUUGCCUGGCAGAUCUCCCGGGGGAUGCAAUACCUGGCUGAGAUGAAGCUCGUCCAUCGUGACCUGGCAGCCAGAAAUGUCCUCGUAGCCGAAGGGAGGAAGAUGAAGAUUUCAGAUUUUGGCCUGUCUCGUGAUGUUUAUGAAGAAGAUUCCUAUGUCAAGAGGAGCAAGGGUCGGAUUCCAGUCAAAUGGAUGGCAAUUGAAUCCCUUUUUGAUCAUAUCUACACUACCCAAAGUGAUGUGUGGUCCUUUGGUGUCCUGUUAUGGGAAAUCGUGACCCUGGGGGGGAACCCCUACCCAGGGAUUCCUCCAGAGCGGCUCUUUAACCUUCUGAAGACAGGCUACCGGAUGGAGCGACCCGACAACUGCAGUGAGGAGAUGUAUGGUCUGAUGCUACAGUGCUGGAAGCAAGAACCAGACAAGAGGCCUGUGUUUGCUGACAUAAGCAAAGACCUGGAGAAGAUGAUGGUUAAGAGCAGAGACUACUUGGAUCUCGCUGCGUCUACUCCAUCGGACGCACUGCUCUAUGAUGAUGGCCUCUCAGAAGAGGAGACUCCCCUCGUGGACUGUAAUAAUGCUCCCCUCCCUCGAACCCUCCCUUCCACAUGGAUUGAAAACAAACUCUAUGGCAUGUCAGACCCGAACUGGCCUGAAGAGAGUCCUGUACCACUCACAAGAUUCGCUGGCACUAACACUGUGUUCCCAAGAUAUGCAAAUGAUAGUGUAUAUGCUAACUGGAUGGUUUCACCCUCAGCGGCAAAAUUAAUGGACAAGUUUGAUAGUUAAUGUUUCCUUGUAAAAGGUGAUGGACUCAUAAGGGAAGGCAACAUGCCAGGAACGGAGAGGCCACUGGCUCCUUCUUUGUGCA